UUUCCCAUCUCUUCUUGCUAGUAACGCCUCCAGUCAGGACGCUUUCGGCGGGUUCCGUUAAAAUGGCUGUUACUGAGAGUGGAAACCCAAAGCAAGAACAAUCGUAGUGGGUACACCUGCAUCCAGUAGUAUCGCUGGUGUCUGAUAAGGAAAAUAAAAGACUGCAACGCAAUGGCUGCCCUAGAUCAAAAGUCCCCCAACGUCCUCCUUCAAAGUCUCUGCUGCAGGAUCACUGGGAAGAGCGAAGCUGAAGUAGCCCACCAGUUCCAGUAUGCUGUGAGAGUUGUCGGGAGUAACUAUGCUCCCACCAUUGAGAGGGAUGAGUUCCUAGUGUCAGAGAAGAUCAAAAAAGAGCUGCUGAAGCAGAGGAGAGAGGGCGACGCUGCCCUGUUCUCUGAGCUCCACAGAAAGCUGCAGACUCAGGGGGUGCUGAAACACAGGUGGUCCGUCUUAUACCUGCUGCUCAGUCUCUGUGAGGACCCCAGGAAACCGUCCAGGGUUGGCAGCUAUGGGGCGCUGUUUGCCCAGGCCCUCCCCCGGGACGCCCACUCCACCCCGUUCUACUGCACUCGGCCCGGGAGCCUGCCCCUCAGCUACACCGAGCGCUCGGGGCCCGGGGGUGCCCAGAUCUCCACCAGCAUGGGCACCAGUGGCAUCAGCAGCCUGGGGGUGUACUCCCUCAACGGGCCCACACCCACCCCUCAGCCCCUGCUGGCCGGACACCCACCCCAGACAGCAGGGCAGCAGCUGGGCUCUCGGCUGGCGUGGGCCCUCCCCAACACCUCCGCCCUGGCACCUACCUCACGGGCCCCGCUCGGCCCCCCACCCCUGUCCACCCGGGCCCCCAGGCCACGCCAUGACGGGGACCUCACUGCGGAGGUUGGUGAGGCUGCGCUGGUCCGAGACAUCCUGUAUGUCUUCCAGGGGAUCGAUGGCAAGUUCAUUAAGAUGAGCAACACCGACAACUGCUACAAGAUCGACUCCAAGGUGGUGCUCUGUAAGUCUCUGAGGGACACCAGUAGCCGAUUGGCUGAGCUGGGCUGGCUCCACAACAAGAUCAGGAAGUACACUGACUCGCGCAGUCUGGACCGAGCCUUCGGCCUGGUGGGACAGAGCUUCUGUGCCUCCCUGCAUCAGGAACUGAAGGAAUACUACAGACUUCUGGCAGUGCUGCACUCACAGUUGCAGGUGGAGGACGACCAGGGAGUGAACCUGGGAGUGGAGAGCAGUCUGACCCUCAGACGUCUCCUAGUCUGGACCUACGACCCUAAAGUCCGCCUCAAAACCCUGGCUGCCCUCGUUGACUUCUGCCAAGGGAGGAAGGGAGGUGAACUGGCGUCAGCGGUCCAUGCCUAUGGGAAGACGGGGGACCCUCAGAUGAGAGCUCUGGUGCAGCACAUCCUCAGCCUGGUGUCACAUCCCAUCCUCAACUUCCUCUACCGCUGGAUCUAUGACGGAGAGCUGGAGGACACUUACCAUGAGUUCUUUGUGGCGUCUGACCCCACGGUGAAGACAGACAGACUGUGGCACGACAAGUACUCACUGAGGAAAUCCAUGAUACCCACCUUCAUCACCAUGGACCAGGCCCGCAAGGUUCUGCUCAUUGGAAAGUCCAUUAACUUCCUGCAUCAGGUGUGCCAUGACAGAACCUCACCAGGGAAGAUCACUCCGGCCUCCAAGUCUACAGACUCCCCCAAAGAUGCUGCAGAGCUGUUAUCAGACCUGGAGGGGGCGUUCCAGGGGAAGAUAGAUGCAGCCUACUUUGAAACCAGCAAGUACCUGCUGAAUGUCCUCAACCAGAACUAUCUGCUGCUGGAGCACCUGCAGGCCAUGAGACGAUACCUGCUGCUGGGCCAGGGAGACUUCAUACGCCACCUCAUGGACCUGCUCAAACCAGAGCUGGCCCGCCCAGCCACCACUCUGUACCAACACAACCUGACAGGCAUCCUGGAGACAGCCGUGAGGGCCACCAACGCCCAGUAUGACAACGCUGAGAUCCUCAAGAGACUGGACGUACGCCUGCUGGAGGUGUCUCCCGGGGAUACGGGCUGGGACGUCUUCAGUUUAGACUACCACGUAGAGGGUCCUAUCGCCACGGUGUUUACGCGGGAGUGCAUGAGCCACUACCUGCGGGUGUUCAACUUCCUGUGGCGAGCCAAGCGUAUGGAGUACAUCCUCACCGACAUCUGGAAGGGACAGAUGUGCAACGCCAAGCUGCUUAAGAGCAUGCCAGAGCUGUCUGGCGUGCUGCACCAGUGCCACAUCCUGGCCAAUGAGAUGGUCCACUUCAUCCACCAGAUGCAGUACUACAUCACCUUCGAGGUGCUAGAGUGUUGUUGGGAUGAGCUGUGGAACAAGGUAGAGAAGGCCCAGGAUCUAGACCACAUCAUCGCUGCCCACGAAGAAUUCUUAGACUCUGUCAUCUCCCGCUGCCUACUGGACACCAACAGCAGGUCCUUGUUGAACCAGCUGAGGGCUAUCUUUGACCAGAUCAUAGAGUUCCAGAGUGCCCAGGACUCUCUGUACCGCUCUGCCCUGGAGGAACUCACCCUGCGGCUGCAGUACGAGGAGCGGAAGAAGCAGAGGGAUUCUGAGGGUGAGUGGGGCGUGACGGCUGAACAGGAGGCAGAGGAGAACAGGAGGAUCCAAGAGUUCCAGGAGACCAUACCAAAAAUGCGCUCUCAGCUACGGAUACUAACACACUUCUACCAGGGCAUAGUGCAGCAGUUCCUGGUGCUGAUAAUGACUAGCCCAGACGAGAGCCUGCGCUUCCUCAGCUUCAGACUGGACUUCAACGAGCACUACCGGGCCAGAGACCCCCGUCUGAGGGCCUCGCUGGGGGCCACCAGGGGCCGACGGCCCUCCAACAUCUGACGGACACCACCAUGUCACAACAUAGGGACAGAGAGCCACACGGAAUCUGCCUUGAUAGUAUUUAUAUAUGACAUGAAGAUGACAUCAAAUUAGGGCUAGAUGGAAUGUUGUGAUGACAUCACAAUAGAACCAGACAGAACAUUGACAUCACAAAAGAGCCAGACAGAAUCUGUUGUGAUGACAUCAUUAUUGAGCCAGGUGGAGAUAAUGCCGCAUUCAAAACAACUAGGAACUCUGAAAUCUCUGACUUCAGUGUGUUCAAAACAACUAGGAACUCUGAAAUCUCUGACUUCAGUGCGUUCAAAACAACUAGGAACUCUGAAAUCUCUGACUUCAGUGCAUUCAAAACAACUAGGAACUCUGAAAUCUCUGACUUCAGUGCGUUCAAAACAACUAGGAACUCGGUAAAAAACAAGCUCCAACUGGGAAAAAUAGUUUUGAACUGUCAUCGAACUCGGAAUUCCAAGUCGGGAACUCUUUCCAGAGCUCCGACUUUCCGACCUGAAGAUCACUGACGUAAUGAUUUGACCUAGUUUUUUUUCUCAGAAUUCCCAGUUGUCUUGAAUGCGACAUAAGAGAAUGAUGUAGUGGUGACUUCACAGAUUCCAUUUGGCCCUGCAUUUUAACACCUCAAGACAAAUAGGGCUAACUGGGAUUCAUUUCACUAUGACAUAAACAAACAGAACAUUUUGAAACCCUGCCGCCUCCCCCAAUGUCAUUGGUAAAUUACUCACACAAACACACACUCAAUUCACCACACACACAUCCAUGUUUCCCACUCUUUCACAGUCCCCUCUUGGGAGAUGUGGUUUUAGAAGCCUGUCAUUUUAGUACUCUGCCUCCAGCAUCCAGCAUCCAGCUGUGUUCACCCUCACCUCUUCGAGGUGUCUGAUAGGCUACCAUCACCGUGUGAAUUUCAUAUUGUACAUUUGAUAAUGAACAGGAUGUCUUGAUUUGAUUGGUUUGUUUACAUGUUCUGUGAAUAUUUUGUUUAGUUUUUCUUACUGACGUUUGUUUAUUUUUCAUACCAGUGUCUUAAAAGUCUGCGGUGUGUUUUAUAACUGUUAAUAAACACUGUUAUAGCUGUUUAACAACUGUAUUAUGGAACCAACACAGCAGGCUCCCACCCACCUCUAAAGAGAUUCAAAAACAAUGCCCACAGCCCCUAAGGCUAAAAGACGGACAGACGUUAGGAUUUUAUUAGUGUUUUGUAUUAUUUAACUGGGUUUCUCUUGAUUCUCCUCUGUUCUGCAUGUCAAACUGUCAUGUUGAACCAGCUCAAUUCCUUAAUUGUACAAGACAGAUUUGUCAAACGUGUUGCACCCAACUUAUGCCACUUUUCUCUCCUGACCGCUCAGACAAACCUGGGAAAAUACUUUUGUCAUACUGCGACAUUAAACCUUGAAGAAGCUACAAGUGGAAUGGUAACUGUAUGGUGACAUAACUAGCCUUUCAAAACCCUCCCAUGAUGGAGUGUACUGUAGUAUUCGGGUGCAUCUCAAUAGUCAGAGGUGGCUUCCUCGCCUCCUUCCCUUCUCACUGAUCUGAAAGCGAUAUGGAAGAUGCUUACCAGGACUUGCUUUCAUUCAGCUGUCAGCAGAGCAGAUGAAGGAAAGGAGGAAAUGAAGCUAUUGCAUGCGUCCUAAAUGGCACCAUUACAUAAUAGGGUGCCAUUUGAGAUGCAGAGUUAGAGAUGCACCCUUUAGUGUUUUAACCCCUCCAGGCAGGCUCCCCUGUCUUUCUUUCCAAUCACAAGUUCUCAUCAGGGCGUGCCAAGAGAAGAUGCUACCGGAAGACCUCUGUCUGUAAAUCCUGUCCAUUGUAUAGCACAGAUGUAUAGAAAUGACAUGCCAUGGACACAAACAUCCUGUCAUCUCUUUAAUAAUAAAGUCAAGUUUUUUAA